AUGUCGAAUCACGACACAAUUCCAAUGCUAUCACCCGUAGACACAAUCACCGAGUUCACUCCGGUCUCAACCAAGCGUCGCCCAUGGAAAGAAAUGGCGCGAUCAUUCGACCUUCCGGGAUUUCGCAACACAACCAAGCGCGUCAAAGCCAACGUCAAGUACUUCCGUGUAAAUUAUGCGGCCAUUAUGUAUUUGAUUCAAUUCUUUUUCCUUUUGUCACAUCCGAUAUCGCUCAUGGUAUUCGUAGCGUUUAUGAUGGUUUGGGUGUACGUGUACUUGAUUCGCGAUGAGCCACCAGUGGCUUUUCGAGGUGAUCUCAUGUACUUUUGGAUGAUCGUAGUGAAUGUAGUUUUCUGGACGGAUGAUGUGUUCUGGAAUAUAAUGUUAGCGUUGUGGACGGGAGGGGUGGUGGUUUGGAUUCAUGCUGCGGUUGCGAAGACCGAAGACUUGUUCGUUGAUGAACAAGUUAGCGAGAGUUGA